AUGGAUUGGUCCCUAUACAAAGUUUUCCUGUUUUCGCUUUGCCCGGUGACAUUAGUUGUAGGCCACUUUCUGUCAAAUCAUAUAGUAUUGGAAGUUGACCGAGACGGAUGGUUUAACACAUUUUUUGUCAAACAGGGCUGGUUCUGGACGAGUGUGGUGGGAUGGUGGUGUAUGGUGAGAUAUAGAGGCUUGGGUAAUCGCGGAACUUGGAAAAAAACGCUGAUUAGGUACUGUGUGCUGACAGCAUGGUGGAUGGUGUUCACGCAAUCGAUUUGGUCAGAAGCAGCUCCAUUAAUGGACCUGGUAUUCACCGCAACCGGUGGACGGUGCACGUUUGAUCUUUUUGAUCCCACAGACCUGAAAUCUUGGACUAUUAAUAAUGGAUUUCACGAUACGUUCAAACGCCGGCAAUCGAGCUUCCGCAAAAUUUACAGAGCGUUGAAAGAGGUCUCUGCAAACCCGUCCUCGAUGCUCCAAAACGCAGUUUCGGAACUCGAACACUGGAUUUCAGAGGGUAAAGAACACCUCACAAAUUUGGAAAUGACCCCGCAUCAAUUCAACCUUCUUAUUGACGAAGCCUUGCAUUCCUGGCGUAAAAUCAACUCUUCCAGUCUGUGUAGAUCACUAGGCGGACAUUGGAAGGGUGGACAUGAUCCUAGCGGCCACAUUUUCCUCAUAACCCUGAUGUGCAUGUUUUUGCUUGGGGAGCUCCAAGUCAUUGGUAGGAAAGCCCUAAGGAAGCUCAAGACUGAUCGCAGUCUUUUGAACUCGAUCAGAUCAUACGGAACCAACAUCUUUCAACUUGGGACUGAUCUUCUCAAGCCCUCGCAUGGAACCGCCACCGGGAAAGAGAAAUUGAAAAAACUUGCCUCAAUUCCUUUCAAGCUCACUGAGCAACUAGUGAUGCUUAUAGGCUCCACACUCAAAUUUGUUAUAUGGGAAAACCCCAUACUCACCCUCAUUCUACUAACCGUUAUGUGGUGGUGGAGUUUUCUCGUUACAACAAUUGCAUUUCACACACUUCCCGAGCAGAUCAGCGGUCUACUAUGUGCGUAUAUCGUAGCAGUGAUCGUUUAUUGGAAGCUUGCUUAG